AUGGGUCUCACCGCUUCCACCGACCGCCGUGCAGUCUUCUACUUCAUCGGGGACUCCAUCACCGAGCAAGCCAGCGAUCCAAACAAGUCUGGCUUCAUCACGCUCCUGCAGAACCACUAUGUGCGGUCUGUGGACAUGAUCAACCGUGGGCUCUCGGGUUACAACACCAAGUGGGUACUGCAGCAUGGUAUGCCACUUUUCUCCAAGGAAGUGCAGUUCCAAUACUCAGCAUCACUCGUCACCGUGUUCCUGGGAGCCAAUGACGCCAUCAUAGGCGGACAGGACCUAGUUGUCCGUGUACCACUGGAGGAAUAUCGAAUUAAUCUACAGAAAAUACUGCACGUGAUCCAGCCACUGUUAGCUCCAGGAGGCAAAGUCCUGUUGAUUACUCCGCCUUGUAUCAUCGACUCGGAACGCCACGGAGAUCGCUCCAACGCGUCCACUGGAGAAUAUGCUCGUGCGUGCGUGGAGCUGGCAGCUGAGGAGAAUGUACAUGUGCUGGACUUGCACACGUACUUUAAUUCUUCAUUCCCAGACGUGAAAGUGCGUCAAACCUAUUUUGUCGACGGAUUGCACUUCUCGGCUAAAGGACACAAAGAAGUUGGGAAGCUGCUGAGUGUCGCGAUCAAUGGAAUGUUCGAUAAAGAAGAACUGAAACGCUUCAACAAGUGGCAACUUCCCGACUGGCACGAUUUUAUUCACUAG